CCCCCCGGCGCUCCGUGCCUGCUCGGGCGUCAUCCACCUCGCCGCCAAAAAAUUGACAGAGCUUAUUAAUACAUUUGGACGCGCGUUCAUGGCGUCAUUCCCGACGCCGCGUUCACCCGCCUCGCCGCCAGCCGGACUCUUCCAAGAUCUCCGCGAGGGCGCUCGACUCCCCACUUUCGCGCAAGAUGCGCCGCAGCGCGAGGGCGUCGCGGGCGUCCAAGGCCUGGGCCGCCGGCUGCGGCGCGGUUGCUUCCGGCGCAGCUUUUUUCGCCGAGCCGUUUUUGUUCCCGAAGAUGCGAUCGUAAUUCGAAGCAUAUUGCGGGUUGCCUCCGCCCCAGCCGUCGUUGUUCGGCUUGAAGGCGAUGUCCGACGAGUGAAUGCUAUCCGUCGGUGCCGGCGCCGGUGUCGACGCGGUCUUGGACGAGUGCCGCACCGGCACGCGAGUAGCGCGGCGGAGAGCAAUGCGUAACAUGGCUGUACGCUUCGAUUGUUCUACUGACGCGCGCGUCUAUAUAGCAGUGCAAAGUGGUGGCCAACGUCAGGUGUGGCUGCCCGUGCCGUCCUCGCGUCGAGGCUGGAAUCUGCGGCCUUAAGUGAUCAAUUAGGGCUGUGUGAGUGGCCUGGAACGCCUCGUUCCAGUUCUGUGGCCUCACGCGUGCUGUGUGACACUGCUCUCAAUGGAGUGGGCGACAGCUGAGAGUGGCGCCACCUAAAAUCAGCGCGAACGAGCGGAGUUUGAAAUAUAUCGCCGUCGGUGGCUUGUGCGGAUAGUUUAUAGAUCCGAGUCGCUCUUACAAGUCACUGCGCGCCGCCGCAGCGCUUAUCC